AAUGAAAUUUUCAUUUUAAAUAUUACAGUUUUUACCUCAGUAAGUUCCAUUUGGUUCUUGUUUAUAUCAUCCAUUUCUUUCAUUGUGUUCCUGUUUUUCUUUAAAUACUUACACAUUGUUAAACUAGCUGUUAUCCUUGCCUGUGAGUUCCAUCAGUGAUCAUUUCUGAGUGUUUCUAUUGACAUUAUUUUCCUUUCCAUGAGUCACAUUUUCCUGCUUCUUGACAUUUACUUAAUUUUUUAUUGGAUGUUGAACAUUGUAGAGAUUAUGUUGUUGAGUGUCUGGAUUUUGUUGUUUCACUGUGAAAAUUGUUGGACUUUGUUUUGGGAGGUAGUUGUUUGUGGAAUAGUUUCAUCCCUUCAAGGCCUACUUUCAAGUUUUUCUAGAGCAGAUCCAGGGUAGCUGUGGCUCCAGGGAACAGAUCAGUCCUACUACUAAGGUAUGGCCCCUCUGAUUCUCUACUGACUACCCCACGUGAUCACUGAGGAGUCCCUGCUCUGGUUGGUUAGACCCUGAACAUCUCCCUACCUUUGUGUGCCCUAGGAAUUGUUGAACUUACAGCUUCCUGGUCAUUCUUUUCCUAGUCUUCGGGAGUUUCCUCUAUGCAUGCAUGGCUUAGUAGUUAAGAAAGACUAAAGGGGAGCCUUGUACAGAUUUUUUGGAGCUCUUUUUUUCUGUAUAGCUCCCUCCUUUCUGGAACUCUGUUCUGCCUCAGCUUCCCUGAACGCUGGUCUGUGUUGAUAAUAAAGCCACGAAGCUCUGCCUAGGGUCCCCUUCCCUAUACUCUCAAUCUGGAAAUUGCCUCCAGGAAGAGGUCUGGGCCACUGAUAAAGCUCACCUCAUCUGUUUCUCUUCUCUCAAGGAUCAUGGUCCUGUGCUGCCUGCUGUCCAAUAUCUAAACACUGUUGUUUCACAUCUAUUCUGUCCAGUUUUCUACUUAUUUAUGGCCUGACAUUAAAUCUGUUCCUUGUUACUCCAUCAUGGCCAGAAAUGGAAGUCUCUGUCCAACCCUUUUAAUAUAACAUCUAAUUUUAUGUAAAAGUAUUUCUGGAGUAUCUGGGUUCUGUACUCUUUGAGCUAGUGUAAAAAUGCUUCCUUUUCAUAUAACUGUGAACCGAAUUGACCUGACAUCAGAAUAGAAACUGUGUUCCUGUUUCUGUGAACUCACUGAAGUGGGAGGCCUGCGAUGCAUGUACACCUGUGGUGGGAUCCAAACGACAAAGGCAACUUACACAUGUGGUUCAGAUCCUUUAUUUAGCAACUUUGUCUUUGAAGAUCUUUUGUUUUUUUUGGAGGUGUCUUUUUCCAGGUAUUUUGUUCAACUUUUCAUUUUGUCAAAUAUAUCACAGAAACAUUCUUGUCUGCAAGCUGUCACCUGGUGAACUGUUUCGGUGGGGUGGAGUGUGGCCUUUAGAGGACCUUACUGCUAGUCAGGAAGCCCUGACUCCUGCUCUGUUAUGUCUCUUCCCUCCAGUAGCCCAGUCUGGUUUUUUGUUGCCCCUACAAAGUUGAGAAGGAUCUCUCACUUCCUAGUUAUUUCUUCUGAUGUUCUUUUGGGGAUGCUUCCUUCCUGUGCAGUGUGAGCAUUGAACUCUACAAGGCCUACUGCUAGGAGGCCUGUGGCCGACCUGUCUCUGAGAGCCAGUCUCCCUGCCACUGGCUCUUGGUCUGAGUCUGUCUUCUCCUGCCUGUGCCUGGGCUAACAUUCAUUUGUCUUGUGUGGGUUCCCUCUGGCCUGCCUGUAUCAGUUCUCUGCCAGCCUACUUUCCCCACUGUUUGGGAUGCAUUUUGUUAGGUAUAUCCGUGCUCUGGCUUGUCAUUCAGCCUCUGUGCAAGAGAAGACUCAAGAAAAUUUAAAACAGGGGCAAAGGAAAUCACCGGUCCCAUCCCACGGGACCCAGAGGCAGGGCCGCUGUCACUCGCGGCCCUUUGCACUUUCCUUAGCUCUGCCUGCCCCACAGGGUCUUGCCCUUCCACAAGAUGGCUUCCUGGGAAAGCAAGUCCUGGCAGGCCCCCUUGGGGUGCUGGAGGCCCAGGUGAGCCGUGCUUCCUUCAGCCUGGCUUGGGAAUCUGUCACUGCUCCCUGAUUCUGGCCUUGGACUCUGCCUCUUGCCCUAGCAUGACACACAGCAGGGCCUGAACCCCAGCUGCUGCCUUCCCUCCCUCUCUCUGCUUCUCUCCCCGGAGUCUGCCAAGGAAUGGUUGCCUGCUGGGCUUGUAAUUCCCAUCGUACUGAUGGGGGAGCUGCGUUUCAAUCCAGGAAAGUGAUUGAACUGAAGUCCCUUGGGAGGACAGUGGGAGCCAGGGCCACGGCCCAGGUCUCUUGGUACGUGGUCAGGUUCUCUUUCUAGCACUUCUUGAGGCCUGUAGUUAUAUUUCCAUGUUAGCAAUGCACGCUCAGUUCGGACUCUCACCUCUCAUCCCUGGGGUUAGUGGCACUGCCCUUGCCUCAUUCUAGAGUGGAUGGAAGGACAGAUUAUCCCUGGGAAUUCUUUCAGGAUCCGGUGACAUUUGGUGACGUGGCACAGUACCUCCUCAAAGGGAGUGGCUGAGGCUAGAUCCUGAGCAGAGGACACUGGCAUAUUGAAGGAAUGUGACCUCUGUGGGAGUUCCUGUUUUGAAUCCUGACUUGGUCUCUCACCUGGUGCAAGUCAGACCCAUCCCCUCGCGUGGGCCGAGCUGAGCAUUCAGAAAGCAUCUGGGUGACCCAGCCGCCGAGGAUGGGUGAAGUCGCCCGGUCACAGGAGAUGGCGUCCACGAGCUCCCCGACGGCCAGCGAGCACAGCCCUGAGGUCAAACAGAACGGGGACUCUGAGGGGAGGGGAGGGAGCCCCCAGAAUCUACCUGUAGAACAUCAUUUUGCAUGUAAAGAGUGUGGGGAUGCCUUUCGGCUUAAGGUCCUCCUCGUGCAGCACCAGCGAAUUCACAGUGAGGAAAAGGGCUGGGCGUGCGGCGAUUGCGGGCAGGCUUUUCGCGGGGUGUCUGAGUUCAACGAGCACCGGAAGAGCCACGUGGCGGCAGAGCCACGGCCGGGCCCCAGCCGGGCCCUUGACGAGGCCGUGGAGAAGAGGGAGCAAAUGGAGAGGGAGGCGAAGCCCUUCGAGUGUGAAGAAUGUGGGAAAAGGUUCAAGAAGAACGCGGGCCUCAGUCAGCACCUGCGCGUCCACAGCCGCGAGAAGCCCUUUGACUGCGAGGAAUGCGGCCGCUCCUUCAAAGUCAACACCCACCUCUUUCGCCAUCAGAAGCAGCACACUUCGGAGAAACCCUUUGCCUGCAAGACGUGUAGCAGGGAUUUCCUGGAUCGCCAGGAGUUUCUCAAGCACCAGCGGAUGCACACCGGCCACCUGCCCUUCGACUGCGACGACUGCGGCAAGUCCUUCCGAGGGGUCAACGGCCUGGCCGAGCACCAGCGCAUCCACAGCGGGGCCAAGCCCUACGGCUGCCCGCACUGCGGCAAGCUCUUCCGGCGGAGCUCAGAGCUCACGAAGCAUCGGCGGAUCCACACGGGCGAGAAGCCGUACGAGUGCAGCCAGUGCGGGAAGGCCUUCCGGCAGAGCUCCAGCCUCCUGGAGCACCAGCGCAUCCACACCGGGGAGCGGCCCUACGCGUGUGGCGACUGCGGCAAGGCCUUCCGGGGGCCCUCCGACCUGAUCAAACACCGGCGCAUCCACAGCGGACUGAAACCCUACGAGUGCGACAAAUGCGGGAAGGCCUUCCGCCGGAGCUCCGGCCUGAGUCGCCAUCGGAGGACCCACAGCGGAGCAAGACGCUGCGAGGGCAGCGAGUGUGGCCGCGUGUUCAAGCGGCGGUCAGCGCUGCAGAAGCAUCAACCGACCCACCGCGAGUAGGGAAGGCCCGCGGCCCCGUGGCCGGCAGCGGAUUCCCUCGGGGCCCGGGGCCCUAGAGGGGGAGGGCAGAGUCAAAGGAGAUGAACAGUUUUGUAGCGCUUAUAUAUUUUCUCUUCAGAAAGGUUGAAACCAAUUUAUACUGCCACCAGCAAUUUAUAAGUGUUUGUGUUUCCCAUCUUGCCUAUCGAGAGUAGCUUCUACCAUUUUGAUUGAGUUUUGGCUGGUUCAGCUGGAAUCGAGUACCUUCGAGGUAUUUAAAUGCACAGGCCUUGAAUUGGAGAACGAGAGAAGAGAACCGCGGACGUGGGGGUGGAGCUCAGGAUGCUUGGUCCUCUCCUGCAAGCUCCCCCUUCAAGGAAACUGAGAUCGAUCGCCCCAAACUUUUUUGGCCUACUUGAAUUUGUAAAUUUCUAGGGUUGUAAAUAGAAUAAUCAAAUGUCUUAUAAUAUUUAAUUUAUUAAUUUAGUUCUACAUACAUAUUGUAAAUCACAUAUCAUAUAGAAUAAUAUAUUAAUUUAGAAAAGAUUCCUUUUCUCCCUAGCUCCACUCCAUGAGAUCAUUUUAUCCUAAUUCCUCGUAUGCAUUUCUAACCUCACCGUCUUCACCAACCUCAGAGGCCCUUUGGAGUCAUCAUUUUCAAAGCACACAUCCAAUGACUUCCAUCCAUCCGAGCUAUGUGCCACAUAGCACUGUGACAAUCCCUGCACAAGGGUCUCACUAGAAACCGCCUCCCAAGCCAUAAGUACAGGUUCAUGUAACAUUAGAAUGAUUGCUGUCGUUUUUUAAUUUAUUCUGUAGCUGUACAAUGCAACCACUUAAGGUUUUCCUUUUUUUUAAUGACCUUUAAAAGGCUUUUUUAAAGCAUCGAAGACUUGUCAUUGUGAGGUCAUACUCUUAAGAAGAAGUACUAAAUCUGAGUUAAAUUUCUUUUGUGUCCUUUUUUCUUAAACCAAUUCAAUCUGGUGACUCCCAGGCAUAUCCAAAACUAGCUGAAGACUAGUGUGUAAGGUGACGCCUUCCUUUCGGGAACGAUAGCCUCGCAUAUGGGGCCUAGAUGGUACUUCUCCAAUCCUCCGUUUCCACCUCUGUAAAAUGGGGAUGAUCACAGGACUACCUCCUAAGGUUAUCGCAACGACUGCGAUGCCGUGCCUGGCGUGGAGGUUCACACUCAGUGAAGUCAUCUGCCAUCAUCACCGUGGCUAUUGCUGUUGUUCUGUGACUCAUUAGUACCCAAACUGAGGAUGGACCCAGGCCUCCUGACUCCUAGUCUCAUCUUCUUUCUCUCACGUGAUGACUUAAAAUACUGUUUCCGUUUCCGUGCAUGCAGAGUACGUUCAUCUCCUUUGACCAGUUACCAAGUUACCUUUGGAUAUAUUGACUUUAUACAGCAGUUAUUUCUGUAUCGAUUGUGAUGAUCUCUUUUCCAGUUUUAUUGCUUUGCUCUUUGUAGCAGUUUUAUUACAUUUUUGCUGUGCAAGCUUUUGAUUUUUACGUAUCCAAACAUUCACUGUUGUCAGUUAAGUCUUAACUUCCAUUGCUUCAGUAGUUAGAGAUGAUGACAUUUUCUUCUAGAAUUUGAAUUACAAACGAAAAGUUGAAAACCCUGCCCCACCAAAAGGUGGAUGCUCCAGGUGGGCAGGCUGGAUGGAAAUGGGCCGGAGACACAGGCUCACUCCUCAUCCAAGAUGCAGACUCUGCAUGUCUGUGGGCGGUACUUGACUAUCCAACCCGGCCACUCAGGCACUCGAGAGGAAUUUCCAUCUCGGAUUGGCCAGAACACUCUGACUGUUCCUCAGUAUAGCCCUAACCUUCGGCAGCAGGGCUGGGCCUCACCUAGAUCAACGGGGUGGUCCGAACUUGGUCUUGGCAGCAGCUGGCCAACCUUCCAGCUCCUGGGAGCCUUGGCCAUGCUGAGCGUGGAUUCAGUGCCUGAGCAGCAGAUCCACCCAAGAGACAUCUAAAACACAAGAAGACUUACCCGACUGACACUGUCACGUGGAUGGCAUCCUCCUAGCGAGUGAUUCUGGAACUAGAAAGAGGUCGGUUUAGUGGCUUCUGCUUUUCGCAACUAGGGGGAAAUUCACCCAUGUGUUCUGACGUCACCUCCUGCAGCCACACCUAAGAGGGGCGACAGAGCAAAGGCUCGGAGACGAACCGUGCCCCACUGAUGGCCACACCAGGCCUGGGCUGUGACUUGUAACAGCCUUGCCCAGGAGGGGCAGUACAACAAGGGUUUGGAGGGCAACGAUGCCCUUCUGACGACGGCCCACGUGGCAUAAAAGUAGAAGUUGGUCAUCCUGGGGCUGGCCUGUCACUUUCAGCAGCAAGGGCUGGCCAGGAACCUGGCUCCUCCAGUGGCCCGCAGAGCCCACAGGUAGAAGCUGGCCUCACCAGGGCUGUAGUGUGACUUCCCAGCAGCUGUGCCUGGGGUAGAGGCUGGGAAGCAGGGUCCCACAGUGACCCUUGUGACCUUAGCCAGAAGGUACUCUGGAAUGGCCCCCAGGCCACGCCAGUGGCUCUCUGUGACGUCUCCAUCCUGACCCCCCGGGCUGGAGAGAAGCUGACAGCACUUGUUGCGUAGUGAUUCUUUCUGCUCUGGGGGCCUCAGUUCUUGCAGUAGUUGUGAAUCUGUGUGUGCAAUCACUGCUUCCUUCUCUCAUGAGUUUUCUCUUUUCAAGCUGUUAUGAUGUAUUUGCUACACCUGUUAUUUGGUAAAAGGAGUGUUGGCGCCCACGGUGGGGCAAGUCUGGCACCUUAACCUGGAAGUACCUUGCCAUGUCUUGCCCGGGUUUUAUGAAGGAUCCAGAUGCAGUAUUAACUCAGAACUUAGCGUCGCCAUCACCGCUGCACUUGUCCCCAGCCAGGGCAUGGCAUCUUGGCAUCCCGUCAUGCCCUCCUUUCCUUUGUUCCACUCUUGGUUCUAUGAUUUCCUCUUGAACAGGCCGUCUGCCAGAGUGAACACGUCUUUUCCGUCACUCUGUUUGCAGGUGAAGUCCGUGCUCUCUGUGGCUUUAAUGUGUGUCCUGUAGUUGCACCGAGUUCAAGUGUUUGCCUCUGGUCCCUGGGGGGUGGAUUUCCUUGGACUCUCUAGGUCUACUGCUAACGUCAGAUGCAAAACGUGAUCAGACUUGCUGUCGUGUGUGCUUGUCUAUGCAUUUGUGUAUCUACCUCAUUUCAUUUUUCUUUCUAAUCACACGUAUUCCUUUUGCAAGGCAAAUGGAGAGCAGGUGGGUUAUACAGAAUGCUGGCUCUCCUUCGAAAUAGGCCCUUUUCUUAUAUUCUGAAAGAAACCCUCCAUGGCUUUUAUUAGAGUUUUGAAUACUUGCUGGUAACUGUUUACCACUUUUGCUGCUAAAUAAGAUUAACCGUGUGGAUUAGUUGUGUCAUACCCAUUAGUUGUGUCAUUCCAGACUGAGCCCCACCCGGUUACGGUGGGCGUCAGUCUCUCUCGCGUGGGGUUGCAUUCCACGUGCCUGGGGCUCCAGCCCCAUUGUGCGCCAUGUGGCCCCCACCCCGUCUAGGCCACAUUAAUUCAACCAGAACUGAGCACCUGACUCAAAGGCAGCAACCGGUCCACAGCGCUGGAGACGUGGACCAGACCUUUCAGGUUCUCCAACUGGGAAGUACAAACAAGGAAACUGAGAGAGAAGUUUCUAGCUGGUGCUGGAAGAAAGAGGGAGCCACCUGGGAUUUAGAGGAGUUGCCCCCAUGGGCAGCACCAGCUUGAAGAUCUAUGGGCUCCGGCUGGGCACCCCCAGAGCAGCCUCAACCCCAGCACCGCAAGGGAGGCCUGACUGGGUUACCUUCCGGGAUCUCUGGCAACUGCCCUCACCGGUCCACUUGUGUCCCUGCCAUAGACUCCCUUGACCUAGGCCAGCUUGAGUGGGUCUCUGCUUUUUGCAGUCUGUCAAGAGCAAUUGCAUUGUCCCGUGUGGCUGCUUCCUGAGAAGAAUAACACGGCUCGCUUUCCUCAUGUCCUACCUGGCCCUCGUUCCUGGCCCAAGGCCCACCCGACUGUCGUAAACACCUGUUUUAAAUGUGCUACUGUAUUCUGUUUGCUAGGGUGGGUGCAAAUCUAUGCCUCCUAGUCUCAGUGAGUUUGACCAAUGCUUUUCUGUCUGGGCACUGUUCCUGUACUGACCCCAUGUUUGCCCCAGGAAAUGAGUUUAAGUCACCGCCCACCCUGUUCUUUAUUUUGGAAGUGUCUCGCUACUUGUAGCAAACCCGUCAGAUUGGGGAAUUGCUAACUUCUGUAUGACUAGUAUACUUACGUUGUGUAGUUCUCCUUGCAUCAGUUGGGUGUUUAUUUUCAAGAGUAGAAAUGGUCUCUUUAAACAAAAAUGGCCUUCAGCAUUACUUGCAGAUCUGAGAACAGCUGUGUCCUGCCCCAGCUCGUAUUUUGGUUGUUGGCACUGUUUUCUCAUUCCUCCCCAGCCUCCUUAACUUGUCUAUUUUAUGGCACUUACUAUAAUCGGCUUUGCACUAGAGCUUCUCCCUCCCCACCCUCCCCGACGCAUUAGAUUGUGAGCUCUUAGAAGACAGGGGUGACCCUUCAUGUCUGAUUCCCCUUCCAGAUCUAGCACAGUGCCUUGCAUCGAGUAGAUUUCAAUAAAUAUAUGUUCAAUGGCAUUGGCCUUCCUUGA